AUGGACCUUCAGAUCUUCAGCAGAAGACAGAAUAAGGAGAAUUUCUGGUACCAGAAAGGAGACAAGAUUAUUCCAGCAACCAUGGGACUAGUUCCUUCAGAUCUGACCGGCCUGGGGCAUCACAACUCAGGAAUAUCUUCAGAGCAGUCAACACUGGUGCUCUUCCUGGGGUCCUGCUCCUUAAGCCUGAGCACCCAGCCCCCACUAGCAGCAGUGGGCAUGAGUGCAAGCUACUCCUCAGCUGGGAAGUGCUGUUUGGGCAAAGACAAGAACAAGCAUAUAUCUGAUCUGGAAGACUGCCUGUCCUCUUUGAAGAUUACAGACUUCAGGGACUAUGAGUUCCACACCCUGAAGAUCUUCAUGAAUACAUUAAAAUAUCUGCAGACUCAUGAAUAUCUCCUGGAUGUGGAUUUAUGGAGACUUUUUGCAAACCUGGAGGAGCUAAGUCAGACAAGCUUUGGUUUUGUGAACAGUCUUCUCCGUAUCUUCAAGGACUACGUUGACAUUUGUGAGACUUCACCAUCGUUGGAUUUUAUUUCCGUGCUCACAAAGUAUUUCCGGGGUAGCCUGUGUCAGAGCCACCAGACCUACUGCCUGAACUACUCGGCUGCUGUCUUUUAUCUUGAGAGCCUGAAGCAGAGACAUGACUUUGGAAUAUAUUUAAAAUGGUGUGAGCAAAAUGACCAGUGCAGACGCCUUCACCUACCUGAGCUGCUCGUGGCCCCGCUACACAGGCUGACUCGAUACCCCUUGUUGCUGAAGAAUAUCUGGAAAAGGAGUACAGACUCUACGGAGAAAAUCAUGAUCUACUCCAUCAAGGAAAAGGUGGAAAAGUCAAUUCGGGAUCUUGAAGGAAAAGUGAAGUGGCUUGACAAUUUUCAAAAGUUCAGACAUCUACAGGAGAUUGUAGUGUGGCCUCCACUUUGGGAUCGAGAUAAAAGGUUUUUCAUUCCAGAGUGCCUGAAACACAUUUUUAAAGAACACAUGGCAGAAAACAUCCUGUCACCAACCAACAGACACCUUCUCUAUGAAGGAAAGCUAACUCUUGCAGAAAGCACAAGAUUCCUAGAUGUUUAUCUGUUUCUCUUUGAUGAUUUCCUCUUAGUUACGAAAACUAAGCGCAACAAAAAGAAACUUGGAGGCUCAGACCCUGGUUUAAUGUGCCCUUCACUUACUCCUGAGCUGCAAACAGUAAUCAAAGAAGGUGGUUCGUGUACAGUAAUUGAUCAGCCCAUUCCACUAGACAGAUUGGUUGUCAGAGGUCUCGAGCCACUCCACGUGUCAGUCUUUGGGCUGAGAAAUGCUUUCCUCAUACAACAUGAAAACAGAUACCGACAAUGUAUAGCGGCAUUCUUAUUACAGGCCCAAACGGAAAACAUCAAGAGAACAUGGAUAGCACAAAUAACAGCAGCAAUCUCUUGCUUCACCAAGAGUCAAGAAACCAAGAAAAUGUCCUCAUUCACUUUGCCUGCAGAAUCCUCGGAAAUUUAGGGACCUAAAUCAAGUGGCACACCUUUUUAGACAUUAGGGAUUAAGGUAUUCUUUCAUUCAAACUUGUAGCACUUAACCUAGGGAUGAUCUAGAAUAAGCAUUUUAAAGAAGUUUCAGAAUUUGAGCUAUAGGUACUCCUCAGGGUAGAGUAAUAAUGGCUUCAACAAAUCUGAACCCUGAGGAAUUUCUUCUUAAGUAUGCACGUGUUGAUAUCCCAGAGCAUCUCAUAAUGCUUCAGUCAGGCUUAAAAGUGGGGUGAGGGAAGUAUGAGGCUGCUACAGUUCAUAAUGGAUGACCAGGUGGAUGCAUGUCGUAAAACAAUGCCCACUACUUGGGUCUGAUAUGAAUUCUAGCAUCUUAUUUUAUCUGUAUCUGUAAUGAAACCAAAAUUCAGACUUAAAUUGAAGAAAGUAGGGAAAACCAC